UUUAGACUUGACAAACACAGAAUGCCGGAGUUUCAGAGCCCAGAGAAGUCUCACCAGCCAAUGGGAGCAGAGCGAGGUAAUCGUCAAUCAAUGGAAGCAGAGCGAGAUCAUCCUCAGCCAGUGGGAGCGGAGAAGGCCGACACGGGGAUGAUCUACACCAUCGAGGAUGUGCCACCUUGGUACCUGUGUGUGCUGCUAGGUCUACAGCAUUACCUCACCUGUUUCUCGGGCACAGUGGCGGUCCCGUUUUUAUUGGCUGAGGCGAUGUGUGUGGGGCAAGACCAAACCACCAUCAGUCAGCUGAUCGGAACCAUCUUCACCACCGUAGGGCUAACCACUCUGAUACAAACCACCCUGGGCAUCAGACUUCCUCUGUUCCAGGCCUCGGCCUUCGCCUUCCUCAUUCCCGCUCAGGCCAUCCUCAGCCUAGACCGAUGGAAGUGUCCUACACAAGAGGAGAUCUACGGAAACUGGACUCUGCCCUUGAACACGAGUCACAUCUGGCACCCGCGGAUCCGAGAGAUCCAGGGCGCCAUCAUCGCGUCCAGCCUGACGGAGGUUGUGAUUGGUGCAUUGGGACUUCCUGGUCUGAUGCUGCGUUUCAUUGGUCCAUUGACCAUCGCCCCCACGGUGUCUCUGAUUGGUCUGAGCGUGUUCAGCACGGCAGGCGAGAGGGCGGGGUCUCACUGGGGGCUGUCUGCUCUGUGUAUUCUCCUGAUCCUGCUCUUCGCUCAGUACCUACGCUCCAUCUCUCUCCCGGUCCCGGUCUACAGCCCAAAGAGAGGACUGUCCUCCACCCGAGUCCACAUCUUCAAGAUGUUCCCUAUUAUUUUGGCGAUCUUGCUUGUGUGGCUGCUCUGUUAUAUUAUGACCCUGACUGACCUCUUGCCCUCCGACCCCGGUCGCUAUGGUCACCGCGCCCGGACUGACGCUCGUGGUGACAUCAUCAGCUCAGCACCGUGGAUACGGGUGCCCUACCCCUGUCAGUGGGGUUUGCCCGUGUUCACCGUCGCAGGUUUUCUGGGGAUGAUGAGUGCGACUCUCGCUGGGAUCGUCGAGUCCAUCGGAGAUUAUUACGCCUGUGCACGUCUGUCUGGAGCCCCGCCUCCUCCUGUGCACGCCAUCAACAGGGGUAUCUUCACUGAAGGCGUGUGCUGCAUCAUCGCCGGAUUAUUGGGGACAGGAAACGGCUCCACCUCCUCCAGCCCAAACAUCGGGGUCCUGGGGAUCACCAAGGUGGGCAGUCGGCGCGUGGUUCAGUUCGGGGCCGGGAUCAUGUUCCUGCUCGGAUCUGUGGGGAAGUUCACGGCGCUCUUCGCCUCUUUACCAGAUCCAAUCCUCGGAGGCAUGUUCUGCACCCUGUUUGGGAUGAUCACAGCAGUGGGACUCUCUAAUCUUCAGCUCGUCGACUUGAAUUCGAGCAGAAACCUUUUUGUUUUGGGGUUCUCCAUGUUCUUCGGCCUCACGCUGCCCACCUACCUGGACUCGCACCCGGACUGCAUCCACACAGGAGUACUAGAGUUGGACCAGAUACUGACCGUGCUGCUGUCCACUGAGAUGUUUGUCGGAGGAUUCCUCGCCUUUUGUCUUGACAACACCAUACCUGGGUCUCUGGAGGAGCGGGGGCUCAUUAUCUGGACUGCCUCGUCUCGUUCUGAUUCUUCUCCAUCGUACGAGUUUCCGUUUGGGAUGAGCCUGGUCCGGAAAGUCCCAGUCCUGAGCAGAAUUCCCAUCUGCCCCACCUUCACAGGCUUCAGGAGGACCAAUGGAGACCAGGAUCAAGACCAGGACCAAGACCAGGAUCAGGUCUGGACCAGAGUGUGACACUGAGAAACCCGGAAACCCUCCCGCUCCACCUAGUGGUCAGUUUCAGCAAUGCUCUGAGUGAGUGACAGGUGGAUUUAACCAAUCACAGUGAAGUGAAUUCUCAGAAGGAGCAGAUGACUUUAGCUACCUCUUUAAGGCUGAAUAAAGUUUACACAAAUCACGAUAAAUCGUCCUCUGGCUCCAAGAAAAUUAUGAUUCUUAUUUUUUAUCAGCCUCAUCUAACCCUGAACCGUGGACCCAUAGACUGUGUAUAAAUGGGUAUCGCUAACCUGCUAGUAACCGAAUGCCAAACAGGAAGUAAGCAAUGUGGCUCUAUCGACUCCAAUUCACUUUCUGUGUAUAAACAGCGCCCCCUCUGUCCUCUCUCUGUCUCUGCUGCUUCAGACUCAUUCUGGUCUUAAAUGUUCGUAUUAACCCUCUACAUGAUCCUGGGGUUUUUAUUUCACUAUUGUGUCUGUAAAUCAAGAUAUGAACAUUAAUAACAGACAAAUCAGGUCCUUCUUCCCCCGAGGUCGCUCCUGUUAGCGUUAGCAACAGGUUUGAUUGACAGCGUUGCUAAGCGCCAGUCCACCUCCAAACCAGCUGCGCAUGAAGGUGCUUUACCUUCAUCAGCCUUGCUCCUGAUUGGCUCUUUGGUUGCUAUGAUAGUUGCAGUCGGAAUUCCAAAUUCCAGCUCCAAAUCGUCCCCUAUAACAGAUUCAGCCUCGAUGAGCUUCAUACAGAGCAGAACCCCCAGAACAUGUCUUUAUACAGUCUGUGCCCUGACUCUGACCCUAACUCUGACCCUCACUCUGACCCUGACUCUGACCCCAACUCUAACUCUGACUCUAACUCUGUCUCUGACUCUGACCCUCACUCUGACCCUAACUCUAACUCUGACCCUAACUCUGACCCUAACUCUGACCCUGACUGUCUGACCCUAACUCUGUCUCUGACCCUAACUCUGACUCUGACCCUAACUCUGACCCUAACUCUGACCCUGACUGUCUGACCCUAACUCUGUCUCUGACCCUAACUCUGACUCUGACCCUAACUCUGACCCUGACUCUGUUUGUUCCGAGUGGACAAAGCGACAGAGACAAACAUCAUGGUCUCUGUUCUUGGAGCCGGUUUGGUUCAAAGUCAUGUUUUAUUUUUCUUCUGUUAUAAUUGUUUCUAUUUCAGAUUUGUUGUUUUGUUCCUUUUUUUCCCUUGAGUCAUUCUCAGAAAAUAUGGUUUGGUUAAUGUGGUUUUAAAUGAUUUUAUUGUUGUAUUUCUGUUUAAAUCUUGAAUAAAAGAUUCAUGAGAUUCAU